ACGUUUGCGCCCUGGCCGCUCCCGGGAGUCUCCCCCCGCCAGCGCCUCCUCUCCCCGACGCUCCCUCCCCAGCAUCCCUCCCCAGGAGCCUAUGACUUCCCUCCCCAGCAUCUUCCCUCUCAGCGCCCCCUCCCCAGCAUCUUGCCUCCCAGCGCCCCCUCCCCAGGAUCCCAUAAGCUUCCCUCCCCAUGAUCUUCCCUCCCAGCCCCCCCUCCCCAUGAUCUUCCCUCCCAGCGCUCCCUCCCCAGCAUCUCCUCCCCAGGAUCCCGUGAUCUUCCCUCCCCAGCAUCUUCCCUCUCAGCGCCCCCUCCCCAGCAUCUUGUCUCCCCAGCAUCUUGCCUCCCCAGCAUCCCUCCCCAGGAUCCCAUAAGCUUCCCUCCCCAUGAUCUUCCCUCCCAGCGCCCCCUCCCCAUAAUCUUCCCUCCCUAGCAUCCCCUCCCUAGGAUCCCAUAAUCUUCCCUCCUUAGUGUCCCCUCCCCAUGAUCUUCCCUCCCCAGCGUCUUCCCUCCCAGAGUCUUCCUUUCUCCAGCAUCUUCUCCUCAGUGCCUCCUCCCCAGCGCCCCCUCCCCAGAGGCUCUCCCCAGCAUCUUUCCUCCCCAUGAUGUUCCCUCCCCAGCCUCUUCCCUGCCCCACAUUAUGUCCUGUGGGUCCUGUCCUCCCCUGCCUUGUGCUAGUUGGGAUCAGCUUACUCGAGGCCCACCACCUGUCCUUGCAUAAGUAGUUCUGAAGCGAGUUUUCUGAAUCUUUUCAGAAAAUAGAAUUGGCCCGAGCAGUAGGAAAAGGUCUUAAGUAGUGACAAGGAGAACUUGUCUGGGCUGGGUUCCUUUGUUCUUCUCUUCAAAUUUGUCAGCUGAAUAUCAGCCCCUUGCCACUCUUGUGCCUACAGAGGUUGUCUUUGUUCUUGUCAGCAAGAAAUGGGUAAAGCAAAUGCACUUGGUAGCCUGUCAUUCAAGAGUGAGGGAUGCUGGAUGCCUAUGAAGGCUCAGGAAUUGUGGCUGCCUAUCCCUUUAAGGUGGUGGGGUUUUCCCUGGCCCCACUGGUUCCUCAACUGUGAUGUGGCUGGGAGAGUGUUUUGAGAAGCCAGUUUUUCUCGCUCUCUCUUUCUCUGAGAAACCAGUUUCUCUCUCUCUCUCUCAUAAACCACUCUCUCUCUCUCUCCCCCCCCCCCUCUCUUUCUUCUUAAAAUUCCAGUUUUUAGAAAGCUUUCCUGUGUGUUUAGUAGUAACUGUUUCCAACAUGGACCACUGGUUAGGCUUUUCUCCAUGAAUAGGAACUUUUAAGGAUUCUGGUUCUUAAGAGGAGAAGCCUGUUUUCCAUCAUUCUGCCCUCAGGAUGUGUGCUUUUGAGUCCCUAUCCCCAGCUCAUCCUCUUCAUAGUUCCUUUAAGAAAUGACCUCCAGAUUGGACCAUGGGACCUCCUUGUGAAGAUUGCCAAGACCAAUUCUUGCCUGAGUGUAAUUCUGAACAUGGGCGGUGCGGUGAGUGCUGGAGAGGACAACGAUGAGCUGAUUGAUAAUCUGAAGGAAGCCCAGUAUAUCCGGACGGAACUGGUAGAGCAGGCUUUCCGUGCUAUUGAUCGUGCAGAUUAUUAUCUUGAAGAGUUUAAAGAAAAUGCCUACAAGGACUUGGCAUGGAAGCAUGGAAACAUUCACCUCUCCGCCCCAUGUAUCUACUCGGAGGUGAUGGAGGCCCUGGAUCUGCAGCCUGGGCUCUCGUUUCUGAACCUGGGCAGUGGCACUGGCUACCUCAGCUCCAUGGUGGGCCUUAUUCUAGGUCCUUUUGGUGUGAACCAUGGGGUGGAGCUACAUUCAGAUGUUAUAGAGUAUGCAAAGCAGAAACUGGACUUCUUCAUCAGAACAAGUGAUAGCUUCGACAAGUUUGACUUCUGCGAGCCCUCCUUUGUUACUGGCAAUUGCCUGGAGAUUUCCCCAGAUUGUUCUCAGUAUGAUCGGGUGUACUGUGGGGCAGGUGUGCAGAAAGAACAUGAAGAGUACAUGAAGAGUCUUCUCAAGGUUGGAGGAAUUCUGGUCAUGCCCCUGGAGGAGAAGUUGACCAAGAUAACGCGUAUAGGCCCUUCUGCUUGGGAAACCAAAAAGAUUCUGGCUGUUUCCUUCGCUCCUCUGGUCCAGCCCUGCCACUCGGAGUCAGGAAAGUCCAGACUUGUCCAGCUACCACCAUUGGCUGUCCGCAGCCUCCAGGACUUGGCCCGCAUUGCCAUCAGGGGCACCAUCAAGAAGGUCAUUCAUCAGGAAGCAGCGAGCAGAAGUGGAAGUGGACUGAAGAACACGCCUCGGUGUAAACGAAGGAGGGUCCGCCGCCGUAGAAUGGAAACAAUUGUCUUUUUGGACAAAGAGGUCUUUGCUAGUCGUAUUUCCAACCCCUCCGAUGACAACAGCUGUGAAGACUUGGAAGAAGAGCGGAGGGAAGAAGAGAAAACCCUGCCAGAGACCAAGCCAGACCCUCCAGUGAACUUCCUACGCCAGAAGGUCCUGAGCCUCCCUCUGCCAGACCCCCUGAAAUACUACCUGCUUUAUUACAGAGAAAAAUAAACUUCUGUUUGAAGGGAGAAAGCGAGGAAGAGCCGAUUGGAGUCUGAUUGUACCGUCUGAGGUGUCUCCUGGGAGCAGAUGCCAUGGGAAGGGACUGCUGUACUCAUCCGUGUCGUAGUUUUCUUUUUCUUUGUGUCUCUAAAGUUCUGAUUCAGUGCUGUGAUAUCUUUAAACAUGAUCUGACAGGAUGUAUGCUGCAUAGAAGAGUGUUUUCCUCAAGUCAGGCGGCUUGGUUUAGCUCUGCUAAAACACUGAAGUGCAGCAGAGACGAUGUUCUGCCGACUGCCCCCCUCCCCCAUCCCCUGCAGGUGCAUGCACACAUCAAAGUGCACCUGAAGCAGAAUUGCCUGUGGGAGGUGAAGCUCAGCUUUGUAAAUAUGUGAAAUCUUUUCUCAGUGUGAUGUAUCACUGCCCAGGUUUGAAUUUUAUGGUAUUGGCCUCUUAAUUACUGGCACUGAGUUCUGCUGAACUUGGUUUUCUAGAGGGGAGACAUUAUUGAAACACCCUCCCUUAUUUCAACCAACUUAAUUAAAUCUUAUGUGAGCUGUCAACUGUAAUUUUUGAAAGGAAAAAUUGUGUGUGGGGGAGCAGGAAUAAAAACAUCAAACUGCCAGCUGUCUUUUUGGAAUUUCAAAGAACUUCCAAGAGUGUUUUUCUGACCCCUUUUGCUACCUGAAUUGUAAAGAACCACUGUCAUGUGAUUUCCUGAAGCAUAUCCUGAAAACAAAACAAGCUCUUUAUUUACAUGUGUAAGUAAUACAUCAAGUUGCUUCUGCCCUGCCCAUCGGGAUGAUGAUUUAUCUCACGUCUUUAAAGACUAUGAUGGAUUCCAUGGUGUUGGGUUGCCCAGUCCUCAGCAGGUAGAAAGUAGAUUAGGGAGCGUUGCAGACAGCUUGUGCUGCUCGACUUCAGUUUGCUGUCUCUCUGUGAUCACAUUAGAGUAUUGAUUCAUAGAUUUAUCUUUUAUAAUUCUAGAGAAAAAGAGAUUUGUUAGUUUUGUAAGUUUUCUUAACAGAUGUAUGUAUUUUGGUAGCUCCAUUGCAUUAGAACAGUUCAGCUCAGUGAUUUGUGAGAUCCACCUUCUCUAGGCCUUGUUUUGAGAGCUUUCUAUCAAGUUGUGGGUCUAGCAGUCAGAUGGCAAAAUGAUUUGAAGUUACUGAUUCCAUUGCUGAUUCUAAAACAUUGGCUGUUGUUAAAGAUUUUUUUUUUUUUUUUUUUUUUUACCCAAAGAAUAGACUAGUGUAAACUGUUAAUAAUGAGUGCAUGUGCUGACGUAGGGUCAAGUGUCCCAGUGUUGGUUCAUCUUCCCCGGCAUGAGCUGACUCACAGGGAGGCCUUUGCUGUCUCUCUAGGUAUCGUAGCUUGACUGGUUAUUUUGGAUCUUUUCUGCUUUUUGAUUUUUAACACAAUAUAGUCUGCAUGUGUAGCUGGGAAAACAUAUUACCCUAGAUUGGUAAAUAUACACUCGUUAAGGAAAGUCAGUUUAUAGUUUUUACCUGCCUUGUAACUCAGAACCAGGCUUCAUUGUUUCAGAGAGAAAUGCAUGAUUUAAGUUUAUUUGCUGAUACUUUGUAGUUUGCAGAUCCUGUUGACACUAUUCUCACUGACGUGUAGGCUUCUCUGUACAUGGAAAUCUGUGGACAUGAUAUUAAAGAAUGAUACCUGUGAAAUGUUACAUUAGGUGGCUUGGCUGAUUUUCCCCCCUAUAAUUAUAUAUGGAGUGCAUUUUUUAAAAACCACGUUUGCCUUUAUGCUAGAUUAUAAAAAUCACUAUAAUACAUAAGAGAUGUUUCCCCUAUAUGUUAAACUUUUUGUAGCAUUUUGUGUUUAUAUUUUGUUGGUUUGUGAUUUUUAAACCAGAAUUCAGUUAAAAAUAUAGUUGUAAUAUAUGUGAGAAAUAGGUUGGUGUAAAGGAAAAUUGUAAGUAAGUUUUCUUGUGAUUAAGCACCUCACAGCAGAAUUCACCAUAACACACACUUUGUUUCCAGAGGUGUCAUCCUGUAGUUGUCAGCAAGGCCGUACCGUCGUGUCCUGAUGGCUCUUUACUGUUAGGGUCUGUGUUUUCACACAACUUAUCUUGAAAAGUGGUAAAAGCCAUAGAUCUGUGCACAACAAGUAUGUAAUAUGAGAGUCAGCAUGUACAUAAAAAUCCUUUCUCCAGCGUGGAGAUCCAAGAAAUUUGAAACAGUGAUUUUAAUGAGCUGACAUACAUGAAUAAACACAGUGAAUAAUAAAGGUAGUUAUGAUGUUUUACUCUCA